UAGAAGCGCAGCCGAGACUUUACUUCGUCGUCCGUGUCAAGGGUAUAAACAAAAUAGCACCCAAACCCAAAAAAGUGCUUCAACUUUUCCGUCUUCGCCAAAUCAACAACGGUGUUUUCAUCAAAGUCAACAAGGCAACCCAGAACAUGCUGCGACUGAUAGAACCAUUCGUUACAUAUGGUGAACCCAACCUCAAGUCAGUUCGCGACUUGAUCUACAAACGUGGUCAUGGCAAGGUCAACGGUCAGCGCGUGCCAUUAACAUCGAACAGCAUCAUCGAGAAGAAUCUGGGACAGUACAACAUCCUCUCGGUUGAAGAUCUCGUUCACGAGAUUGUCACCAUUGGCCCCAACUUUAAAGAGGCUGCUAACUUCCUGUGGCCAUUCAAACUUUCUAACCCCAAUGGCGGGUGGAGGAGGAGGAAGUUCAAGAACUACGUUGAAGGUGGUGACACAGGCAACAGGGAGAAUGAUAUCAACAACCUCAUCCACAAAAUGAACUGAAUGCAAACUAUGUUGUUACGCUCAUUUUUGCUACUUGCAUACUAUGCAACAUUCCUGCUCG